ACCAGAGUACCAAACUAUAAAAUGGGAGACCAAGGUACAACAUCAUAAGAAGAAAGUACGACUCGUCAAAAGCGUAUACCCUAGUCAACAAUAAGUUCGUUACUGAUUACUCCAAGAAAGCCCGAGUACCAACCAGUUGUGCUCCGGCAUGGAAGAAGCCGAAGCGGUGCCUUCACAAGCUGACGCGCGAAGAGGAGCCCGCCAUAUCAAGAAAAGAGCCCUCAAGAACAAAGCCCUUUCAGUCUCCUUCAAUGAAAAGGACCUCAAGGAUUUUGUAACUGGGUUUCACAAGAGGAAGAAGAAGAGAAGAAGAGAAGCACAGCAAAAAUUACAGGAAGCUGAGCGCCGAAAGCGGAUUGAAGCCCGCAAAAAGAGAAAACUGGAAAGAGAAUUUGUCAUAUAUGGUGGAGCUCAACCUGAUUCAAGUUCUGAACCUAAGGAAUUAGAUGACGACAGAGAGGACAAUGGAGAAGAGGAGCCAACCACAUCAGUCUCUGGGACAAUGAUGUAUGAUAAUGGUGAUAUGAAAGUCACAGUGACCACAAGGGAGAUCUCUAGGGAGGAUGAGUAUCCCAGUCAAAGGCCAUUGCCAGAAGCACCUCAGUUGGAUGAAGGCCCUGAAAAGAAGAAAAAACACGUAGUAUCUGUUAGCAAGAAGAAACAAUUCAAGAAGGCAGCAAGGAUGAGAUCCCAUCCAAAGCCACAAAGUAAAAGGGAUAAGAGGAACGGGAAAAGGAUAAAUAAAAGGCAUUAGCUGUGAAUCUUUUGUUGUCCUUUCUUUUCUUUUGGCACCUUCCAUUUUGUCUGACCAUAUUUUGGAGAUUACGUUGUCAUGCAAUUGGUGCAUCUUACUCUGCAAAAGUUGCUCAAAAAAAAAAAAAAGGAUCUAUUCCCCGAGUAAAGGCUUGACAUGGAUUUGAGUUU